AUGGGCAGUGGCGGCUCCACGUGUCCCAUUUCGGCUGAGGGCCCGGCGGGCGUGGAGCAGCGCCUGGAGGCUCGGGGCGGGCAGCUUCCCCCGGCGCUGUGGGCACAGCGUGGGCUUCGCAAGCUGUACCUGAGCGGUGCUGGGCUGCGUGACGUGCCGGCCGAGCUGGCAUCCCUGCGGCACCUCCGCACGCUGGCGCUGGAUGGCAACGAACUGAUGGAGGUCCCCGAGGCCCUGUGCCAACUGCCCUGCCUGGCGUACCUCUACCUGGGCCGCAACGGGCUGCAGGGCUUGCCGCCUGCCUUCAGCCACCUGCAGAGCCUGCGCUGCCUCUGGCUGGAGGGCAACUUCGUGGGUCGCUUCCCCCACGCCCUGCUGGGCCUGCCCGGCCUACGCAGCCUGCAACUGGGAGACAACCGUCUGGCACGCCUGCCCUCCUGCCUGCCCCGCAUGGCCGGCCUGCAGGGCCUCUGGCUGUACGGCAACCGUUUCCAGCACUUUCCCCCGGUGCUGCUGCGCAUGACUCAGCUCCGCAUCCUUGACCUCGAUCGCAACCGCAUUGCCCGCUUCCCUGACCUGCAGUGCCUGGCCGGCCUCUGCCUGCUCUCCUAUGACCACAACCCCGUGCGGCAGCCGCCCUGCGUGGCUGACACGGUGCGGCUGGUGGGCAGCGGGGCCGUGGAGUACAUGGAGGCGCGGGAGGAGCGGCUGCGGGAGCAGCAGCAACUUGAGGAAGAGGAGGCGGAAGGCACUGGGACGAUCCCGCAGGAUGAUGGAUCCCCGCUGCUGCAGGACGCGCCGUGAGGGAUUGUGGAGACGCUGAGCAGCAGAUCUGAGGAGCUCAGGGUGCCUUGGAGCAUCCCAAAUAGACACAGGGCUCAGCUUUUGGAUGGAGGAAGCGUCACUCCACUCUGACCGUGCGACGCCUCUGCCCCAAGAAUGGGCAGUGCAGCGCUGGGUACCUUUUAUGGUACGUCCUCGGUGGAUUCUCUCUGCUCCUGGCUCCUUGGCUGAGGAGGGAGAAGGAGUCACUGGUCCCACUGCCCAUUGAAUUUUGGGAUGGACACACAAAGUUCUUCUGCGUGCUGAGCUCCCGUUCUCCAGAUUUUUGGAAGAAGGCAAUGGAAAACCUCACCUGCAGCCUUCACCAUGCAGAGGAGCUCUAUGCUGUGCCUUAGAAGAAGUACUGAGGCUCACGGUCCACAGCUGUGU